AUGGUACUACAAAUUUCCGCCUCAGUACUACAGAUUCCGCCUGGAGCGCGCGGCCAGGUAGUGAAUCGGUUGCGCUCAGCUGUAUCAGAGCACUAUUCGAAUAGGUUGCUCAGCAAGCCUGACCAGGGUAAGGUCUUUGAGGUGUCGUCACGGAGUCGGGUGAGCAAUCACUUUAUCCGUGGCGGCAGUUUCACUCGCUUCGCCGAUUGGCGCUUUAUUCAUAAGGCCCGUUUAGACGUACUCCCUCUCAACGGCGCACGACGUUGGGAGACAAAUGAUAAGCGCUGUCGGCGAUGCGGUGAAGCAUCAGAGACUCUACCUCAUGUGCUCUGUUACUGCGGUAUCCAUUCUGCCGCAAUACAGCUGAGGCACAACGCUGUCCUGCACCGUCUCUGGAAGGCCACUCGUCUUCCAGGGGUGGUGCGGGUUAACCAGCGGGUGGAGGGCGUCAGCGGCGAUUUGGCGGCGCUACGACCUGACCUUGUGGUCAGGUGGAUUUCCUUUGAAGAGGCCAGGGCGAGGAAACUUGAAAAAUACAACGCCCUGGCCGAAGAGUUACAGCAACAAGGGUACCGUGUCGUCGUGACGGCCUUCGUCGUCGGCGGCCUCGGCUCGUGGGAUCCGAGAAAUGAGGCGGUGUUGAGACUGCUGAGGGUCACGGCCCAAUACGCUUCAAUGAUGCGUCGUCUCAUCGUCUCGGAUACCGUUCGCUGA